AUGAAUCUUCUGGAGAAUAAUAAAAAUUUAUUCAAAGACAUCUUUAUAGGCGCUGUGCUGUUUAGUUAUUUGAGUAAAGCUGCCAGGGAAAUCUAUAUCUACGGUGUGGCUCACUCGAUUAGAAGCGUCUUCAAGGGAUUUUCAAGGAGGGCGCUGCUUCUACUUACUAGCCUACCUUGGACAAAAAAGCAGAUUGAUGACGAGCUCAAUAGCGCGCUGAGUGAUUUGGAUAGCAAAAUGGUUAUCAGGGAUCCUUCUCUGCCCACCCACCACAAACUCCCAACAAUUGGCCACGAUAAGCACUCCGUACACCACCAGCUAUCCUCUCUCGCCAAUAUUCCUCACUCUCGCUGGGAAGACGGCCGUGUUUCUGGCGCUGUCUACUAUGGCGACAGCGGCGACAUCAACGACGUCAUCAUCGAAGCCUUUUCUCGCUUCUCCGUAUCAAAUCCUCUCCACCCAGACGUAUUCCCUGGCAUCAGAGCAAUGGAAGCUCAAGUUGUUAGUAUGGUCUUGAAUAUGUACAACGCCCCCCAAGAUGCCGCCGGUACAACCACUUCUGGCGGUACUGAAUCUAUUCUCCUUGCUUGUCUCGCUUAUCGCAACUGGUCACGCCAGACCCAAGGCGUUAGCCACCCCGAAAUGGUCGUCCCCGAAACCGCACAUGCUGCAUUCAGCAAGGCGUCCUUCUACUUCGGCAUCACUCUCCGCCGCGUCCCCGUUGACCCACACACUCGUAAAGCCAGUCUGAAGCAUGUCAAGCGGGCCAUUAAUGGUAACACAUGCAUGCUCGUUGCCUCUGCCCCCAAUUUCCCUGACGGGAACGUCGACGACAUAGUCGAGAUGGGCGCACUUGCGAAGCGCUACAAAGUCGGUCUGCAUGUCGACUGCUGUCUCGGCAGCUUCAUCAUGCCCUUCCUUCAAAGCGCCGGGUUUGCCACAACGCCUUUUGAUUUCCGCGUUAAUGGCGUGACGUCCAUUUCCUGCGACACGCACAAAUACGGUUUCGCUCCAAAGGGCUCUUCUGUUAUCAUGUACGCCAACAAGACAUGGCGCUCUUUCCAGUACUACUCGCAGCCAGACUGGACGGGCGGGGUGUACGCGUCGCCUACGCUAGCAGGAUCGCGUCCUGGUGCACUCAUAGCAGGCACGUGGGCGGUGCUCACCCAUGUCGGCGUGGACGGGUAUGUGCGUUCGUGUGGCGAGAUAGUGCGCGCGCGCCAGCGUAUCCAGCGUGCUAUUGAAACCGACUACCAAGCUGACCUCGCCGUCAUGGGACAGCCGCUUGGCUCAGUCGUCGCUUUCACAUCUGUUAACCCCGCACUGAAUAUUUAUACAGUCGGUGAUCUCCUGCAUGAGAAGGGAUUCUCGCUUAAUGCCGUGGCCAAUCCGCCCGCACUGCAUAUCGCUUGCACUCGCCCCACUGUGGCGGCAGUUGACGAUAUACUUUCCUCCCUCAGAUGGGCUGUCGACCAGGCUAAGAGUCGCACGUUUGGCAAAGAGGAUGAGGGCUCUAUGGUGGCUUUGUACGGCGUAGGAAGCUCUACCGCUAUCGGACCCGACCUCGUCGAUUAUCUCGCAAGAGGCUUCCUCGAUACUAUGUAUGUGGUAUCGUAA